AUGACGGUCUCAAAUGCUAGUCUCGAAGAGCAGAAUUGUGUGGAUCCAGCCGAAGCCCAGAAACCGCAAGAAGUCGGAAAUGAUUCGCGGAACGAGACCGGUCCACGAGCGGCGAACCUCAAUAGUUGGAAUAAGAACUCCAACUUUUGGGACACGACCCUCGGCGAAGGCAACGAUAUGUUCACGCAGCUCAUCCUGCCAACCAUAGAGGAGCUCGCAGAGGUGCAACCCCAUCAUCGAGUGCUGGAUCUGGGCACAGGCAACGGCAUCGUCGCCCGAAGACUUGCUCGAAGAGGCGUUGCCGUACUAGCAACCGAUUACAGCCCCCAGCAGAUCGAAAACGCCCGAAAGCGUAGUCAAGAUUUGGGUCUGGCGAUAAGCUAUGAACUCCUGGAUCUCCUGAGUCAAGAUGCGCUUGAUGCAUUUGCAGCCGAGCAUGCCGAGGAGUUUGACGUAAUUACGGGAAGCAUGUUGCUGAAAGAGCUCUCGGAUCUGACAGAGCUUUCGAAAUUCCUGCCAAAAGUGCUGAAACCUACUGGAAGAGUCAAGCACUCCGAGGGCAGCCCGAACCACUUAUUUGGUUUCACCGACCCAUUCACCAACUACUCGAACCUUUCUUCGAUGCCGGUCUUCUCAUGA